CAUUUUUUAGUCUCCAUUGAGUUCCUCUUUUUUGUUAGAACUAAUCUAUCAAACUCGAUCUACGAAAUGGUUGUCAAAUGUAUCUGGGUCACUCGACACGGCUAUAGAGAAGAUUGGGUCACAGAAAACCCACACUUGCCAACGAACAGAGCUCACGACCCACCUCUUUCCAAAGUUGGUCUUAAGCAAGCACGCGAGCUUGGAAACUACCUGAAGGACAAGGGUAUCCAAAGAGCAUACUGCUCGCCAUUCUAUCGCUGCCUUCAAACGGUCUCGCCAUUGAUCAAGGACACCGGCAUUCCGCUCUACAUUGACAAUAGCAUGAGCGAGUGGUACGGCAAGGCUUAUGAUAAAUAUCAACAACCAGCUUCCAUCCAAGAACUCAAGGAACAGCACUUUCCAUUCCUGCAAACGGGACAUGUUUCAAGCAUCCCAUUGCCCGAAGGAUGUGAAACUGUCAAAAUGUGCCACCAGCGGAGCAAAGAAGGGUUGAAUAAGUUGUUAAAUCAACUCGAUAAUGAAGCUGAUGGUGGACCCGAGACUAUAUUGUUGGUGGGCCAUGCAGCAUCCGUAAUUACUGCUGUGCGUGCAUUGCUCGAUAACGAAACGUAUCCCGUAUGUCCUGCUACUUGCAGUCUCUCCAAACUCGUUCGAAAAGACGAUGGUAGUUGGGACCUCGUUCUGAAUGGUGACACAACGCAUUUGAGCGAUGGAUCGCAACGUGCUUGGACAUUUGCGGGUGAUAUCCCUGACUAUGAAAAGAAUAAGAUGGUCCAGGGCGAGCCAGGUGCUCUUGAUUAAAUGGGCAUUAUAAGAUAACAGAGAGAGAAACGAUCCAUUUUUGACACAUGUGUAUUAUAGCGAUUAUGCAUAUAAACAACGGAUAGAAGAAAGCAUACACACACAUGCGUACAAUUUAUUUUAAUACUAG